AUGUCUCCCCAGGAGAAGCCGGACCUGGGCGAGGUGAACUUCUCUCUGUGUUACCUGCCCACGGCCGGGCGGCUCACGCGGCGGCUCCGGGAGGCGGCAACACAGGGGGGCCACACCCUGUAUGUCCCCAGGGGGGCCCUGUGGGGGUGCGGGGACAUUGCCAGGAUGGACCAGGAGGGGACAUUGGCUGCCCUGAAGGUGACAAUGACCAAGUCCCCGCAGAGUUUCCGGGCGCAGGGGUGGCUCCGGGAGCGGGUGGCAGCUGCGGUGGCCUCAGGGACGAGGACGGUCCUGUACGAGGGUCCCCUGCGGCCCCUCUGUCCCCUCGCCCCCAACAAUGUCAACACGAUGGCAGCAGCGGCCGUGGCGGCGCCAGGGCUGGGCUUCGACGGCGUCACCGCCUGCCUGGUGGCCGACCCCAGUGUCCCCGACUGGCACGUGGUGGAGGUGGAGGUGACAUCGGUUGGAGACAAGGGGCGGUGCCUGAGCGUCACCAGCAUCCGCCGGAACCCGGCAGGACCCGGUGCUGUCACCGGCAGUGCCACCCUGGGCUCCUUCUGGAGCUCCCUGCAGGCCUGCACCGGACACAGUGGGUGUGUCCGUCUCUGCUGAGCCCUCAGGACCGUGACGAGCCGGGACCCCCUAAGGACCCCCCAAAAACCCCCAGACGACCCUUUGGGACCCUUUGGGGACAACUGGGGAUCUUUUGGCGACAUUAAAACCUCCCCCACACCCCACAAUGACGCCACCCUUC